UAUCCCUGAAACUACCGGUCGCGCCAUGGUAGUCCAGAAGAAAGAAAGCGUGUUCAACACACUCAACGAAUGUGAAGUGGAAGAUAUUACUUUAGAGUUUUUCUACAAACCUCAUACCAUAACUUUAUUGAUUUUGUCAAUCAUUGGAGUGAUUUUUAUGUCCUUUAUUCGAGAUGACAAAUCGAUUGAUAGCAAUAUCUGUGCUGGAAUCUGGUGCGUUAUAUUUUUUUUAAUUCUUGUAUCUUUAUUGGCAUUCCCAAAUGGCCCUUUUGUGAGACCUCACCCAGCAGUCUGGCGAAUGGUAUUCGGACUAAGUGUUCUAUACUCAUUAACAUUGCUGUUUUUAUUAUUUCAAAAAUAUGAAACUAUUAAAGGAAUGAUAUUAUGGCUUGAUCCUAAUCUAAAAGAUUUYCGAAUCGAUAUGGAUAAAGAAUAUGGCGUUAACUGUUCAGAUAUCUCUAUAGAGAAGUUUUGGGCGCAUUUGGAUGUAUUUGCUGCUGGUCACUUUUUUGGAUGGGUAUCAAAAGCAAUACUAGUGAGACAUUAUGGAAUAUUGUGGUCAAUGAGUAUGAUGUGGGAAUUCACUGAAGUAAUGUUUUCUCAUUUAUUGCCUAAUUUUAAGGAAUGUUGGUGGGAUGCAUGGAUUUUAGAUGUUCUACUUUGCAAUGGAUUUGGUAUAUGGGUUGGAAUGAAAAUUUGCAAAAUGUUGGAAAUGAGGGACUAUAACUGGCCUGGUAUUAAAGAUAUYGACACAACUAAAGGUAAAAUCAAACGAGCUGCACUACAGUUUACACCAGCUAGUUGGACACCAGUUCGGUGGCUAGAUCCAAAUUCAUCAUAUAUGCGAUUUUUUUCUGUGUGCCAAAUGGUAAUUAUGUGGCAAGUAUCUGAACUGAAUACAUUCUUUUUGAAGCACAUAUUUGAAAUGCCACCAUCACAUCCAUUAGUUGUUGGCAGGCUUUUCUUUUUGAGUAUCGUAGUUGCACCAUCUACUCGUCAAUAUUAUACAUAUGUGACAGAUCCUAAUUGUAAAAGACUUGGGACACAGUGUUGGGUCUAUGCAGUCAUAAUGGUCACAGAGUCACUGUUGUGUAUAAAGAAUGGAAAAGAAUUAUUUCAGCAGACUGAAAUUUUUAACAUAUCAGUAUGGUUGAUGAUCAUGCUAUUUUUCUCYGUUGUGAGUGUAUUGGGUUUUUGGCAGGCUGAUUGGUUAACAGGAAAAAAAUUUGAUGCAGAUGUUGUUCCAAAUUCUAUUUCGAAUGAUAACAAUUUUGAAGAAGACUACAAAACUARCAAGAGCAAAACACUUUAAAAUUAUUUCCCUAAGUAGCAUUAGUUAGUAGAUGCCAAAUAUGUACCUAUAUUAGAAUCAUUAGAUGACAUUGCAAAUUGUAAACUUGAUAUAUGUGACCUAUUCCUUAAAAUAAUUAUUUUGGUAUUUAUUUAAAAAUAAUGGGACAUGUAUAUUUUAUUUAURAGUUCUUUACUAUCAGAUCUUGUAUUGUUAUUAGUUAUUGUAAUAACGUUAUGAUAAAAGACUUAUUUAAGCCUAGUCACGUUAUGUGUAUUUGUUAUUACCUAUUUUAAAUCAUUUUUCUUUAAAAUGAUAUUUAUUGUGAUACAAAAUAUCAAGUACUGAUAUUGUAAUAUUGUGUGUUUAGUGCAUAAAUAGGUUACUUGAACUACUCGUUUGUAUUUUUUUUUCGACUGUAUUGAUUUUUAAUUGUUCCAUAAUAAUAUUAAUAAACUCCACUGAAAAAAUAAAAAUAAACGUGUUGUAGAAUAAUUAAAGUAUACUUCAUUAUAAAUACUAUAAUACCUAGACGUUGAACAUAUUUUAAGCGUUUGCUCAAGGUAAUAAAAUUAGCAUAUUAAAAAACAAAUUAUGUUAUCAUAGUAUCCUAGUAUUUAUACCAUUUAAAUCAUUAUUCUACCUACAGAAAUAUUUUGCUUGUACUUUAAAAAAUUUAGAAUUAAUUAUUUUGAAUAUUAUAUUUAAAAUAGUGUAUUGCUAAUUGUUAUACUCAUUUGWCUAUCAUAUACUCUUACAUCUUCAAUAAUCGUGUUUCUAUUAAUAUCCAUGAGCUUUGAGAUGAAAAUAUAGUACAGUAGAAGCCGCUUAUUAGGAAAAUUUUGGACUUUGAUGUGUGUAUAUUAACUGAUUAUUUGUAAUAUGCGCUAAGCGAUUGGUUUUAUUUAUUAUAAAAAAAAAUAUUAUAAUUUUAAAAAUAGUAGCUAUAACGGAAAAAAAAAUUUUAUGUUUUGAAAUAUGUAUCUUCUGGCAAUGUCGUUUUACCAAAAAGUUGCCUUUUGCUCGUCUUUGCCCUUUUGGCUCUGUUAUUAUUGAGUGCGUAUAUGUGUUUGGGUAAGGAUCUUAAAUAAAACCCAGUCUAAUUCACUCAUUCCAAUAAAAUUUAAACCACAUUAAAUUCAGCUCUCCUCUGCCCUUCGUAGGUUUUAUAUUAUGUAUAGUAUGUACAAUGUAAUUAUGGUACAUUAGUUAUCUUAAAAUCAAUUAUCUUAUAUGCUCUUACAAUAAUCAGAUUGAUUUACAAUGUUUYAAUACACAAUCUGUCCUUAAAUAUUUUGUUUCAAUAAUGUGAUUCUAUAAAUUAUAUGUGUUCCUAAUAAGCGAUUUCUAUUGUAUAUAAAACAAAUUAUUUAUGUAUCAGUAAUUAAAUUUUAAGCUACACUUUUAACAGACAUUAUUUGGACAAUACUUUAAUAAUCAAAUUAAUUAUAUUGGCAUUUUCUUGUUGUGCUGUUUUUUUAAUCAUAARUUAAUAUUAUUAAAACAAUUAAAAUAGUAAAUUAAAAACCAAUUAGCAAACACUUGCAAUCAUGAGCAUAACUA